UGCGUUUACAUGCGCCACCGCCGCCUCUCCAGCUUCGCCGCCGCCUGUGUCGCGACUCCUCGCACUCUGCGUCACGCCGCACGCCUCGCCACCGGCCGCGCUGCGCCCACAUGGGGCUAUGUGACCGACGUCGAGGGCGACACCGCCUUUUGGGAGAGCUACUGCCGCCUCUCGGCGGUCCUCGAGCCGGGCCGCGCGCUCGACGACCUAGCACUGCGGCCUGGAUGCCACCUCGUCUUUGGCGGCGACAGCGUCGACAAGGGCGGCGGCGACCUGGCCUUUCUCGACAGCCUGCUCCGCCUCAAGCGCCGGCACCCGAGCCGCGUGCACCUGCUGCUCGGCAACCGCGACAUCAACAAGAUGCGCCUGACGGCCGAGCUGGCGCCGCCGCCCUCCGCGCUCUGGCUCCCCGCCGCCGCGCACCCGGGGGUGUACUGGCGCCGCUCGGGUGCGACGGCGACGCCUGCGGGCUGGCUGGCGGCGCAGGCCGCGCCUCUAGCCGACGAGCCUUCGAGCAGGCUGCGGUGGAUGCUGAGCGACAACAUGGGCUCGCCGCGCGCCUUCGAGCUCCGGAGGUCCGAGCUUGCGGCGGCGCGCGGCGUCGAGAGCGGCGCGCUGAGCGACCGCGACGUGCUGCGCAGCUUCGCCGGCUCGCUGCAGCGGGGCGGCGCGCUGCGCUCCUUCCUGCAAGCGGGCCAGCUCUGUGCGCUGAUCGGCGGCACGCUCUUCGUGCACGGUGGCCUCAAGCCCGACGCGGUCGGGUCGGUGCCCGGCCGUGAGGGCGGCGAGGGCGCGGGGGCGCGCGAGGGCGUGGUGGCGUGGGUGGAG